UCAUUAUCUUUUUGAAUAUUUGUAUAUUUUUUAUUGGUCGCAACCAACGUAACACUGCUACUUUCAUUGGUUGAGAGACCACAAUUUUCUGUCGUUUCUCGUUUUUUUUAUUAAUAAUGGGACGCAAGAAGAAGAAGCAGCAGAAGCCAUGGUGCUGGUACUGUAACCGUGAGUUUGAUGACGAGAAGAUUCUGAUCCAGCAUCAGAAGGCCAAGCACUUCAAAUGUCAUGUGUGCCACAAGAAACUGUACACGGGACCGGGUCUAUCCAUUCACUGCAUGCAGGUUCAUAAAGAAACAGUGGACAAAGUUCCCAAUGCUCUGCCCAACCGGAAUAAUAUCGAGAUCGAGAUCUACGGUAUGGAGGGCAUCCCUGAGGAGGACGUGCGGGCACACGAGCAGAACCUGAAGAACAAGGGCAGUAACAAAAACAACGACGAUGAUGAUGACGACUCGAAUCCAGCCGGCGGUCCGGCCGGCCCGUCUCGCUCGUCCCAGCUGCACCCGUCCACGCAGCAGCCGUUCGGCGCCCUGCCCGGCAUGGCAGGGCCCGGAGCGGGCGGCGCCGGGCCCCACGGCAUGGCCGGGCCCGGCAUGAUGAGGCCCAUGGGGCCCAUGGGAGGAGGACCCGGCAUGGGACCGUACGGCAUGCAUCCCGGCAUGAUGAACCAAAUGGGCGGCAUGGGACCCAUGGGCCCAAUGGGUCCGAUGGGCCCCAUGGGUGGCAUGGGCCCGAUGGGCGGACGGCCCAUGGGGAUGCCCCCUGGUGGCCCGUCCCGGCCCCUGUUCCCGGCGGCUCAGGUGACUGCGCCCCAGCCCGGCUUCCCUGGACCAGGAGCAGGCAUGGAUAGCGGGCCGCGGCCGGCCUUCCCCGCCUAUAGCCAGCCGUCGGCCACGGUAACCCGUCCGGGCGCUCCGGUGGUCGGAGCUCCCUCGGUCCCCGUCCAGGGGGUAUCAUCCGUGCCCUCCAUGGGCGGGCCGGGCGGCGCCCCGAUACCCACUGCGUCAGAGAUCAGCAGAAAGCCGGCACUGAUACAGCAGGGAGGCGCCACCAGCAAGAUUGUCCACCCCGAGCAGGAUAUUUCGCUGGAGGAGCGUCGCGCCCAGCUGGCCCGCUACCGUCAGCCCCAGGGCCGCGGCGGCCUGGUGGGCGCCCACCAGCCCGGCCAGGGCGGUCCGAUGGGCGGCGGACACCCACAGGGCGGUGGGAUCGGCGGACUGCGGCCGCCCCACCAUAUGCAGCAGAUGGGGAUGAUGCGCCCGGGCGGACCGCAGCCCGGUUUGCUGGGCGCCCGGCCGCCUGGAAUGGCUGGAGGUGAGUGUAGAAAGGCAGGCUGAGCCGCCUCUAGAACAGCGCUUAUUGCCUCCAAAGUUGGUCACAAAGGCACUUAAAAGCCACCAGUAGAGCUAUUAAUUAAAUUAAAUAAUUUUAUUCAUGGCACCAUCAAAGCAGGAAACGGAUUUUCCGCGGAGAUCUCUUGAGGCCGGUUUUCCCGACAUUUCUAUGGAACAAACGGGUCGUUAUGUAACAACUGAUACAUGUUUUCCGGAUUUGUGGUCAUAACGAAACGAAACGUUGAGUGUGGACGGCGUUCCGUGUAGAAUUGCUUUCAGGUCUGUGACGUUGGUUACAUGGAAUGUUUGCAGCUAUGCUCAUGAUUAGGUGAUAUCGUGUGAUAGCGGGUAGUGUGUAAUAUUUAGAGGUGCAUCUCAUAUUGUCUUAGAGAAGGCUCGUAGGCUCACAGGCACUUAUGCGACUUAAACUCGAAUAUGUAGACUACGGUAUUUGAGUGUCAUGUUCGAUGUUAUGCGUUGCAGAACUUGCCAUCAGGCAGGUCAUUGACAUUGUUUCGUGACUGCUGAAGGGAUUUACUCCCAAAGCUUCGCACUAUUUCCUUAUAAACGUUUCUUACAAGAUGCUAAGCGUCCCCACGACAUCGAUUUAGUAGCGGUAUUACGUCAGGGCGCUUGAAAUGUGCGGGUGCGUCCGUCAUUUAUUGGCGUAGAUAUUGCGAUACAGCGUUAUUUCUUAUGUUUACAAGCAACCGUGUCGAAUAAGCAUUCGAAACAUGUUACGUAAGACACGUGAGGCGCGGGCUUUAACACAUUUUUAGUGAUUUUGUCAUGCAAGUUAUAACUGCACAUGCCAGUCGGACCUUACUGACGAUUUUCAGUAUGUUGGCAGCUGUGUUUUUCUAUAUUAUGCGCUCGCGAUGUAUCUUGCAGGGCUGCUGGGAUAUGAUAUAGUACAUUCAGCUGCCGAAACUGGGGACCUGGUCACUGUAAACUUUGCGCGACUCUGUAUAUUUGUACGACGGUCACCAUAGACUCAAGCGGCUGGCAACGUGCUUCAUCAUCUGUGUGUAUGAGUGUUCUAGAAUGAUCGUCAUGUGCACGUGCCAUCGCUAUCUCCCCCCCCCCCCCCCGCCUACUCCUCGCCCCCGAAGAUCUCGUUUCAUCCGUCAAGUGCAGUGCCGAAAUGUCCCAGUUGCUAAACGCCUCUCGCCAGCACUCAGCAUCCAUGCAAGUUUGAGCGAGUGGAAACUUUUACAACUCGUUUCUCGACCCGUCUCUGCCGACUGCCGCGCUGACUGAGAAAUGAUUGUGAGUUUGAGCCACCUGGUUAUGACCGUCAAAUGUUCAGCAAGUUGAAUGUGUCGCCAAGAUGUCAGUCCCAUCAGGCCAUCCGGUGUGGCCACGAGAGUAACGCGAGGUCAGGUACGGACAAAUGAGGUGGGUCCAACGAGGUAGGUGGCGGAACCUUUGGAGAGCGAGAGGUUAGAUAAAAUGUCCAGAGGACACGAAGCAAAAUUCAUUCAUACAGGGAAUUUAUGCAUAUUGUAUUGUCAUUUGAUAGAAGACUUGUGAUCAGAUGAAAUUGCAAGCAUAACUUGUCUCACGUAGCUAUUUUCUCAGCAAUUAUGAGAUAAUCUUACUCCAAAUGGUUGAAGCAUAUGGUCCAGCGUUUUCGUUUCACGAUGCGUUUUGGUGACUGCUAGGCUGCAGCUAUUGUUACAUAAGCCUGCCUCAUUUCCUUCGCAUAUUUAAGAUCAGCCAAGACAUAUCACUUUGGCAUAUGAGUCGCCAGUCACAACCUUUCUAUUUCAACUGGCUCGAGAGACCUAGAUACCUCGUUCGCUGAGGUGAGGAAGGUCCAAACCCCUCUGGGUUUUCACGCUGAACUUGGCUGACAGAACCGGCCGACAUUUCACAGCGCCAGAGAAUCAAACGUGCGUUGUUGGGCGCUUAGAGCGACCCCCAGCCCGGCUCCCGACAAUCGGGACUGGGCUUGGCGAAAUGUCGGCACAUCUCCUGUUCUAGGUGGUCUGAGAUGCCCUCGGCCCCGUGCGGAAGGGUGUGAAGAAGUACCACCGCUGGCAGCCGGGCGGGGCUGAGCUAAGAGAGGUGGGAGUUUAGUGGCUGAUGUGAAAUGUAAAGGAAGUUGGCACCAGGUGUCUGUGUAUCAGAAACGGUGGGUGUAGGGAGCUCAUGCUCUUUCUCGCUUCUUCGAAGUCUUCGGAGACCAACGAUAGGGACACGACUAGUAAUGCCCGAAACGGUGGGUGUAGGGAGCUCAAGCUCUUUUCCUGCCUCUCUAAAUCUUCGGAGGCCAACGGUAGGGACGCGUCGUCUCCUAACCUCUCCGAAUUCAAGGUGUGUACCGCGAUGUGUGCUAUCGUUGUGCGCUGUUGUUCGACUUUGUCUGGCCUCGUCCGGCGUUUGGAAUAGGUAGGUGCGAUCGGCCCGACCGAUUCGCCUGCCCUCUUUCGGCGACUGUUUGACUCACAAAUACAAGGUGGGUGAUAUCUCUACCACGUCAAGCGUUUUAUCAAGACUGCGAGACUCUCCAACAAACCAGGGAAGUCAGCACGGCUCGAUGGGCCGUAGACGCCGCGCUAUGGCCUCCUGCUGAAGACAGGUAGGCCGCUGUGGUGUAACCAGCCACUGAGACCUGCCAGUCUUCACCGAACGCACGGUAGGGCGGUCCGUCUGUCCCCGCGUCCCUCUAACGCCCGUCCCUAUCCCGCAGGUCCGCCGCGCCCUUACUGAACUGAUGGUAAGUGCGCCGCCGUCGACGCCGCUGCCGAUGAUGCCGUCGACGAUGUUGUCAUCGACGCCGUCGACGAUACACCGCCGAUGAUGGAGGUAAGCGGCUCUCUUCUCGCCGCUCCGCAACCGGACCAUCUUAGACGCACCGUUGUCGCGGCCGCCCCCGCCUCCGCGUCUUCUUUUGCUGGGGUUGUGGGGACGCUCGCGUCGCGGGGAUUGGCGGUGAUCAAGAGGAAGAAAAGGCGUCAUCACGGGGUGGAGAUGUUUCAGGAGUUGUGGACGUUGUGGACGCCCUAAAGGGUUCAGAUCGACCCUCUGAGGUCACAGCCGCCCCUCGGUACAUUCGUACUGCCCGCGAACUGUGCGAUCGGUGCGCUCAUUCCGCGAAUUUCGACUGUCAUUGUAACGUUCUACAGCAAAGGAUGCCGUAGUGUCUCCGCUCUGUGUCGUAAUCAAUUCAUUCAUCCGCCGCUUUGGCGUGGCCAAUCGAACGUUCACUACUGAUAUUUGGUGGUCCAGAAUACAGGUUCAAAGUCUGCA